ACCGCCCGACCAUGCGGCGUUACCACGACCUACGUAUAACUUAAUUCUGGCAGCAUUUGCGGAAUACAGCCACUACCGCACUAAUACAUUAGGUAAACAGUAAACAUGUCAAAAGCCGGUACUGAUGCAAAAAAAGCUUUUGAUAUGGCUUAUCAUGGCCAGGUAUCAACCCUCAAAGCUCUUCUAGCUCAAAACGAGAAUCUCAAGCUACAAGUGGACGAAAACGAAAGAACGUUACUACAUUGGGCAGCUCUAGGUGGACACGACGAGCUGGUCAGUCAUUUACUAUCCUUGAAAGUACCAGUUGAUCCCAGAGACGAUACGGUAGAAGAGCAGGAAGAGUAA